AUGAGUAUUAGCAUGAAUGUUGAGUCUGUUAUAAUUGUGGGCAGCGGGCCUGCAGCAUACUCAGCAGCCAUUUACUGCAAAAAGUACAAGCCACUGAUACUCGCAGGAGACUACAGCAGCUCAACACAGUACCCAGGCGGGCAGCUGACCACCACCACAGCGGUGGAUAACUAUCCAGGGUUUCCAGAGGGAAUACAGGGCCCAGAGCUCGUCAGUAUGUUUGAAGAGCAUGCAACUGCGCACGCAAGAAAGGAAAAUCUUUGGGUUAGCUCGAUCACAAAAGACGAAGACCAUUUUAUCCUCAGAACAAUCGAAGGAAACUUUAUCACAAAAGCAGUGAUAGUAGCCACAGGAUCAGUUGCCAACAAGCUCAUUGUGCCAGGUGUUGAUAAGCUGUGGCAGAGAGGAAUCAGCGCGUGUGCAACAUGUGAUGGAUGGCUCUUCUCAGAGCAGAUAGUUAUGGUCGUUGGAGGAGGAGACACCGCGAUGGAAGAGGUGCAGUAUUUGUCGAACAUUGCAAAAAAGGUAAUAUUGGUGCACAGAUCAGACAAGUUCAGGGCCAGACCUGACUUACUCAACAAGAUCCGAGAAAUAGAAAACGUGGAAAUAAUCGAGUGGGCUGUGCUGGUGGAGGCCAAAGGAGAAACAAAGCUAAGCAGCGUGAUCAUACAGAAUACGCAAAGCAAAGAAACACAGGAAAUACCUGUGGAAGGGCUCUUUUUCGCAAUAGGCCACACGCCCUCUACAGGUUUUUUGAAGACUCUCCAGGAGGAAACAAAGACAGCAAUACUGGCAAGUGAUGGAUACAUCAAAGCAAACAAAAAAACAAUGGAAACAGAAAUAAAAGGGUUGUAUGCGGCAGGGGACGUGCAGGACAACAGGUACAGACAGGCAAUAACUGCAGCAUACUCAGGCAUGCUAGCAGGAGAGUCAGUUGCCAGCUGGCUAGACACACAGAAUCAAUAA